AUGUCGGAACCCCCCAAACAACCCCCCGUGGAUUCCCCUACAGAAACUCCCAAAGAAAAAGAAACCCUCGAACAAGCCCAAACCCGCCACCGCAAGGAACAGCGCGAUCUCCAAGCACGCAUCACUAAUAAAAAAAAGAAUGCGACCAAGAAGACGCGGAAAUUUGUCAAUGACGAGUGUGUGGAGUUGGAGAGGGCGUUGAAGGAACGGCAGGAGGGGGAGGUUAGGGGGAUUUUAGGGGAGGGGGAUACCCAGGAUGAUGGGGAGCAGGGUGAGGGAGAAGACGAGGACGGCGUAGAUGGUCUGGCGGGGAAACUGGCUUCUACCACACUCUCACACCAACCACCAUCAUCAUCAUCACAACCCCCACAACCAUCAGCACCUCAACCUCAAGCCUCACAAGCAGCUCAACAAAAACCUAAACGCAACCGUCAAAAAGACCGCCUAGCCCGCCGCGCCGCCGAAACCCAAGCAGCCAUCGACCAAGCCGCGCAGGAAGCUGCCGCCAUGCCGGACCGACGCACGCUCGAGAAACAAGCCAUGCAGCGCGUGUUUGGGGAGCAUGGGUUGAGGGAGAAGGAGAUUGCGCCCGAUGGGCAUUGUUUGUUUUCUGCUGUUGCUGAUCAACUGGGGGUUAUCGGCCUGUCUGUCGUCUCGGGUGGGAAAGGGGAUGGUUCGGGCGGUGGUGAUUCGGGUGAUGGUGUUGAAAGGGGGGAAGAGAAACAGCGCGGAGCAGAAGUAAAACAACCCCCCUACAAGCUCGUGCGAAAAGCAGCAGCAGAGUAUAUCGACACCCACAAAGACGAAUACGCAGGGUUUCUGGAGGACGGCGUACAAGUGGACGAGUAUGUCGCGCGGAUUCGGGAUACCGCCGAAUGGGGCGGGCAGCUGGAGUUGAGUGCGCUCGCGAAUGUGUAUGGGGUUGAGAUUCGGGUUGUGCAAGGGCAGGGGAGGGUGGAGGUUGUAAAGCCGACGACUGGUGAGGUACCGGGGGGGACACCGGAGGAAGGGAAAGCAGGAGAGAAGGGACAGGAGAGGAAGACGGUGUGGUUGGCGUAUUAUCGGCAUGGGUAUGGGUUGGGGGAACAUUAUAAUUCUUUGCGGAAGGAGGUGUGA